GCAAGAAGCUAAAGGUCACCCUUGUUUUCAGCCUGCCGCUCGUUUUUCAGUUCUGUGCCGGGGACAACGUCACCGAUGACUACGACUCCAACAGCACCAUCGACUACAACCUGUUCGAGACCCUGUGUGAGAAGAAGGAGGUGCGUUCGUUCCGCGCCGCCUUCCUCCCGGCCAUGUACAGCCUCAUCUGCUUCACGGGGCUGCUGGGCAACGGGCUGGUGAUGCUCACCUACAUCUACUUCAAGAGGCUGAAGACCAUGACGGACAUCUACCUGCUGAACCUGGCUCUGGCAGACAUCCUCUUCCUGCUGACCCUGCCCUUCUGGGCCGCGAGCGCGGCCACGCACUGGCUCUUCGGGAAGUUUGCCUGCAAGGCCGUUUACUGCAUCUGCAAAAUGAGUUUCUUCAGCGGGAUGCUGCUCCUGCUGUCCAUCAGCAUCGACAGGUACUUCGCCAUCGUCCAGGCGGCCUCGGCCCACCGCCUGCGGCCCCGCAUGAUAUUCAUCAGCAAGGUGACGUGCGUCAUCAUCUGGCUCCUGGCCUUCAUCCUCUCCAUCCCCGAGCUGGUUCACAGCGGUGUGAACAACCUGGAGACCCAUCCUCGUUGUUCCAUCAUCGCUCAUGACCUGCAGACCUUCAACACUGGCAUCAAAGUGUCGCAAAUGGUGUUCGGCUUCUUAAUUCCCCUGCUGGUCAUGUCUUUCUGCUACCUCGUCAUCAUCAGAACGUUACUCCAGGCCCGCAACUUUGAGAAGAACAAAGCCAUCAAGGUCAUCAUCGCCGUGGUCAUUGUCUUCGUCGUCUUCCAGCUGCCCUACAAUGGUGUCAUGCUGGCCAAGACCAUCUCGGCCUUCAACCAGACCAGCUCCUGUGAGGAGAGCAAGAAGCUGGACGUGGCGGACGACGUGACCUACACCCUGGCGUGCUUCCGAUGCUGCCUCAACCCCUUCCUCUACGCCUUCAUCGGCGUCAAAUUCCGCACCGACCUCUUCAAGCUGCUGAAGGAGCUGGGCUGCCUGAGCCAGGAGCGCCUCUGGCAGCUCACCAGCUGCCGUGAGAGCAAGAGGUUCUCCUUCGCCAUGGAGACAGAGACAACCACCACCUUCUCCCCGUGAGCCGAGCCCCAGGCGCGCUGGGGCCGAGCUGGAAUGGUUCUGAACA